ACCGGAAACCCCCUCUCCGCAUCCCACAGCCACAAGCGGCGCCGCACCACUUCGUCCUCAACCAAAACCUCCGCCGCCGCCGCCGCCGGAGAAGGAGGAGGAGGAGGAGUAGGGAGAGUAAGCGGGGAGAGGAAGAUGUCGUUCCGUGCGCGGGAGAUGUACAAGAAGGUGGUGCGGCGCGUGGGCGGCGAGGGGAAGCUGCCGGCGGAGCUGAUGGCGUCGGUGAAGAACUUGCUGCCUGACAGCAAGGUCGUCAUGGGGAGGGCCAAGCGCGGCAUCUACGCCGGACGCCACAUCCAGUUCGGCAACAAGGUCUCCGAGGACGGUGGCAACAAGUCAAGGCGAACAUGGAAGCCAAAUGUUCAGGAGAAGCGUCUUUUUAGCUAUAUUCACGACCGGCACAUUAGGGUCAAGGUAACCACCCAUGCUCUUCGGUGCAUUGACAAAGCUGGUGGGAUAGACGAAUACCUCCUGAAGACACCUUACAACAAAAUGGAUACUGAGAUGGGGGUAGCCUGGAAGGCAAAGAUUGAGAAGAUGUAUUCACAGCUAGCUCAAAUGGAGGUAGGCUUCUUCUCUCCUGAGGAAGAGACUAAGAUCGAACAGGGUUUUGAGGAGGCUCGAGCUGCCAAGAGAGAGCACCGCAGGGAAGCAAGAAGAGCUUUGGCUAAGCAGACUCAGCUAGAAGCUGGUAACGCUGGUGGUGACAAAACAGCUGAAGCUGCUUCUAAUGUUGCAGUGAAGUCCUAGCUUGGACCUAUCUGCUCGUCAUGAUUGGUCAAAAGGAGAAUCAUUGAGUGCCACUGACCAAAUAAUGGAGGAUUUUCGUUUCAUAUAAAGCAGGGAUCAUAUGCUGAGUCAGUAACCCCUGUUUACUGGCAGCAGCAGCAGUGUAUGGUAAGCUGGAGUCUAAUACUAUCAGCAUGUGGGUGUUGUAAGCAGUUGCUGAACAAAAUCAGUUAGGUGGAAAUUUUGUACACUUACUGAAUACUCGUGUCAGAGUUCAGAUAACUUUCUUGUAGAAUUUUGUAUCUUCUACUACUGCCCAUUCAACUUAAACGUCGAAAUAAUCUAUGCUUGCCAGGAUACGUGGUAAUGUGCUACGGAGCUAUGCCGUUUUUA